AUGGUGCAGAACAGCAUCAAGGAGAAGGAAGUUUAUUGUUUUUCAACUGUUCUGUUUUGUCUUCCAGGGUUUGGCAUGACCACCCCAGCCACCGUCGGAGGCAAAGUUUUUCUGAUAUUUUAUGGCCUUAUAGGAUGUGCAGGGACCAUUUUGUUCUUUAACCUGUUCCUGGAGCGCUUGAUCACUGUCAUAGCCUACAUCAUGAAGUCCUGCCACGAAAGACAGCUGAGGAGGAAAGGGGUCCUCCCUCACAAUGGCCGGCGGGGCUCGAGGACCUCUGAGGUGGACAGUCUGGCAGGCUGGAAGCCCUCCGUGUACUAUGUCAUGCUGAUUUUAUGUGUAGCAUCGAUCAUCAUUUCCUGCUGUGCCUCUGCAAUGUACACACCGAUUGAAGGGUGGAGUUACUUUGACUCACUUUACUUCUGCUUUGUGGCCUUCAGCACCAUCGGUUUCGGUGAUCUGGUCAGUAGCCAGAGCAUGAAGUACGAGAGCCAGGGCCUUUACCGCUUUGGCAAUUUUGUCUUCAUACUCAUGGGAGUGUGCUGCAUCUAUUCCUUAUUUAAUGUGAUCUCUAUUAUCAUAAAACAAUCCAUAAACUGGAUAUUAAAGAAGCUGGACUGCAGGUGCUGCACCAGAUGCCAAAGAAAAUUAUUCCGUUCGCGGAGGAACGUGGUGAUGCCGGGAAACGUGCGCGGCCAGAGGGACGUCUCCAUCGAGACUGAUGCUGUCAACGAGAGCGACACAGACGGGCGCCGGCUCUCAGGCGAGAUGAUCUCCAUGAAAGACUUCCUGGCCUCCAAUAAGGUCUCGCUGGCCAUCAUGCAGAAACAGCUGUCAGAAACUGCUAAUGGCUGUCCAAGGCAAAUGAGCUCUAAUGGAAAGCAAAACGGAUUCUCUGGUGGGGUUGGAGCCCUGGCGAUUAUGAAUAACAGGCUGGCCGAGACAAGUGUGGAUAGGUGA